GAGGCAGGCUGGUGCAGGAGGUGGAGAAGGUGCAGGUGCUCAGGAUGCAGAGGCUGCAGCCCGGUGAGGGAGGGGGUCCGAGGGGUCAGUGCUGAGGCUCGUGAAGCGCUGCUGCUGAGCAGGUGGAACUCGUACCUGCCCCCCUAUAACCUCCCUACAGCCUGCCUACAUUAUACAGCAGGCCAGAUGUUGACGCUGCCGGUAUCUGCAUGCCCCUGAUUUCUGGGGUCAAGGUAUUUUCUACAUGUGUGUAUUUCACCUGGUUUGGUUAAAACACACCCACCUCUAAUGUGCGCUGCAUCAUUUGCAUGAUAUAUAUUAAAAAGGGCUUUUAUUUUUAGAGCCGACCGGAAGUUGUCCGUGCCUGCCUGUGAGAAACUUGAUGAAGUUUGAACUUUCGUAUUUCGGUUCCUUCAAACUUCAGUCCGGAGCCUCGGAGCUGAAUAUUUCCGGUUAACGGGCAUUUAACGGGCUGCUGUCGGCCUCCGGCGGUCAUCCGGUGUAACGGUCGCUCAGCUUAGCGGCGGCUUGAGGCGCUAGAGGCGGACAUCCAGGCAGAGUUCACCGCAGCGGCAGCCGUGCGAUGGCCCAGCGGCUGCUCAGCGAGCGUUAGCCGGCCUGAAGCCCGUCAGCAUGGAGGACAACGACCGGGUCAACGGGGACCUGAACGCCAACAUGGACUGCCAGAGCACCGGCGACCCGCAGCUGGACAAGGCGGUGCACCAGUGGUUGGCCUGGGACCGGAACCGCCGGACUCGGGCUCAGCUGGACUCUCUGGUGGCAGCAGGUCACCUGGAGGAUCUCAGGUCCAGACUCUGCAGCCGGAUGAGCUUCGGUACCGCCGGACUCAGAGCGCCGAUGGGAGCCGGCUUCAACCGGAUCAAUGACCUCACCAUCAUCCAGUCCACACAGGGUUUGUAUGCGUACCUGUGCAGGUAUUUUGCAGACUUCAGCAGCAGAGGUCUGGUGGUCGGGUUCGACACCAGAGGACAGGAGGAGAGCGGCUGCAGCAGCGAGCGUUUGGCGAAGCUGACGGCGGCUGUGAUGCUCAGCAGAGAUGUUCCGGUUCAUCUGUUCUCCUCGUUCGUCCCGACGCCGUACGUGCCGUACGCGGUGAAGAAACUGGGAGCAGCAGCCGGAGUGAUGAUCACCGCUUCACACAAUCCUAAAGAAGACAACGGAUACAAGGUGUACUGGUCUAACGGCGCUCAGAUCGCCUCCCCUCAUGACAAGGAGAUCCUGCGCAGCAUCGAGCAGGAGCUGGAGCCCUGGAGCGCCUCCUGCUGGGACCAGGAGCUGGUGGAUCACAGCUCCCUGAGGACCGACCCCCUGACCCAGAUCAACAGCUGCUACAUGGACGAACUCGCCUCCCUGUGCUUCCACAGGGGUCUGAACAGCAGCUGUCCAUUGAAGUUUGUCCACUCGUCCUUCCACGGCGUCGGACACGACUUCGUCCAGCAGGCCUUCCGGGUGUUCGGCUUCGCUCCUCCCAUCCCCGUCCCCGAGCAGAAAGACCCCGACCCCAACUUCUCCUCCUUACGCUGCCCAAAUCCUGAGGAGGGAGAGUCCGUCCUGGAGCUUUCUCUUCUUCUGGCGGAGAAGGAGAACGCUCGGAUCGUUCUGGCGACGGAUCCUGAUGCUGACCGUUUGGCCGUGGCAGAGAAGUCUGACGGGUGUGGUUGGAAGGUGUUCACAGGGAACGAGCUGGGAGCCCUGUUGGGUUGGUGGAUGUUCUUCAACUGGAAGGAGAGUCAUCCUGACCCAACGGACACUCAGAACGUUUACAUGUUGGCCACCACCGUCUCCUCCAAGAUCCUGCAGGCCUUCGCUCGCAUCGAGGGCUUCCGCUUCGAGGAAACUCUUCCUGGGUUCAAGUGGAUCGGCAACAAGAUCCAUGAACUUUCCAAAACAGGAAACAGAGUCAUAUUCGCCUUCGAGGAGUCGAUCGGCUUCCUGUGCGGCAACAUGGUUCCAGAGAAAGACGGCGUGAGCUCGGCGGUGGUCGUGGCUGAAAUGGCCGCUUACCUCCACAACAAGAACCUGACUCUGAGCCAACAGCUGCACAACAUCUACCAGACGUACGGCUACCACGUUGCUAAGACCUCGUACGUCGUCUGCAAUGACCCUCCCACCAUCCAGAAGAUCUUCAGUCGCAUCAGAAACUUCGACGGCGACGGUUCGUACCCGAAGUCGUGCGGCGGCGUCCAGAUCGUCCACGUCAGAGACGUCACUACGGGAUACGACAGCAGCCGGCCCGACCUCACGUCUGUUCUUCCCGUGUCGAGGAGCAGUCAGAUGAUCACCUUCACUUUGCAGAACGGCGUCGUGGCGACACUGAGGACGAGCGGCACCGAACCAAAGAUCAAAUACUACACCGAGUUCUGUGCCGCGCCGGGGAAAAGCGAGGUCCGUCAGCUGGAGGAGGAGCUUCAGAAGGUCACGGCCGCUCUGCUGGACGAGUUCCUGGAACCCGAGAAGAACAACCUGGUGCCCCGUCUCGCCUAAGCCCCGCCUCCUCGUACCCGCUUCCUGUCGGUGACAUCACAUCCUGUCGUGUCUGUAGACGAAUCAGCAGCCGCUUCACUCUGCGGAGUCGGACUUAGGGGCCAGUUUGGGCUGGAUCAGUAAAAGAUAAUCCUUAGAUCAGUUGUUAGUUUCUGAGCUGAAGCCGACCAAAGAGCGAUUCUUCAGGUUCAGGUCGAGAAGAAACGACCUGAAUGGCUGAAAAUGACAAAGGAACACCUUCACCUGCCAACAGACUUGAAUUGAAUUACUUUAUGGAAGUCCAUUAACGACAAAAAAUCAUUUCAGUACGGCAGCCUGUUGGUGCCAAAACAGCACGUUUAAGUUUUCCUCCUUUUACGACAAACCAAAUUAUUCUUCAUCGAUUAGUUUGCUGAGAGAAAAAUUUACCUGCAGCUGGUUUAGUAAAACUUAUUUUUAGAGAAUAAAACACAGAACAUGCUGGUUUAAGUUUCUUUUUGUUGCAAAAUGCUGUAAAUCCAAAGUUUUCAGGUUUUCAAUGUUGUUUGGACGUAAAGAUGCUGUGACGGCGUUUUCUGAUGCUCACUAACCAGCCGCAAAAAAAACCUGCAGAUAGUCGACAAUAAAGUCAAGAAUUAGCUGCAAAACACAAAAGAAAUGAAACGCAAAUUAUUCAGUAUUUCAUCGUUAAAAAAGCUGGUUUGUAGUGACGAUGAAACGUUUUGCUGGAAUGAUGGAGAAUAUUUUGGUUUGUGGUAACAGCUGCUGUGGAAAUUAACUAAAAGCUGUUUUUGUUUUUGUUUUUUGUUUUCUGGACCGUGACUCGUGUAAAAGUGAAAGUCGGCCUUUAAAAGCUGCUUCAGUUCCUCAGGACGCUUCGUAGCAAAAGAUGAUUUAUUCACAUUCUUCUCCUUUAUUAAACACUAAAACCAAAACAACAAAACCUUUUUGGUCCUGAAGUGAAGCUGAGUGUUAGAAACCACAUUAACUCAUAGCGACAGCAGCAUCUAUGAGCCGUAUGAUCUGGUCCUCACAUGCUGUUAAAAGAAAACAAACUGUUUUAAUAAUUAAGUCUUUGUGGAGGAAAAAACACAUUUUCCGUUUUGCGGUUCUCGACUGUGACAGCAUCUCAAGUUAAUCUAAGCUUCGGUUUCGAGGGUUUUGAGUGUCGUUCGGACUCAUUUCUAACAUUUUUCUGACAUUUACUGAGCAGAAACUAUUUUCCGUUUACAGCUUCGAGUUGAUUGACAAGUUUACGAGUUGGUUGCAGCUAUGAAUCCUUCAGGCCUCACAUUUAACCCUCUGAACCCCAAAACCUGCCGGCGGGUUUGAAAGGCGACUUAUGGAAAAAAAAAUC